GUCACACCCUUCCGAAAGGCAUUAUUUAACCAAGAAAGCUUUUGUUGUCUGCCGUUGUAUGCUACGGUAGUCGAGCACUUCGAGGUCUGGUAUUUACGCUCAGACGAAAAAAAUCUGCUUGUAUUAUGGCGGAUAGCUCGGAUGAAAGGUCAUCUUACUUGGUUGUCACCGGAUGGAUAGUGUUACUCGUAUUGUACGUCGUGCAAGUUGUUCUUCUAGUCUUGUUUUUGACAAAAUACGAAGACUCCAAGUACGGCUGGUAUUCUGUUGUGUUUAUAAUUGCUCCAAUAUUAACAGUCGCUUUCUUAUACCGAAACCGGCAAACGAAUGGAUAUGCCAAUGAGGAUAAAGAAAUACGCCUCGUUUGGGCAAUUUUGGGAGCAUACAUUGUGCCGUUCGUUAUUACAGUUGCCACGAUUUUUAUUACGGUUGCGAAAGAGCUGACUAAAAAGCGUACCCUUGGUAUUAAUGCUUUAAAAACGACGCUAUGUAUUACACCAGGAUUGUUAAUCCUUUUCCUGCAGCUUGCGAUUUCUCCAUCUUACCGAAAGCCUGUCGUGUCUCUGUCUAUAGUUGCCGCGUUGAAUAUCUUCGACGGAAUCGAAAUGCUGGAAACCUUUCUGAUGCAAAACGAAGGACUUCUGGAUAUAGACAGCGCGACAGAGGGAGUUAUAGAAUUUUGGAUGCAAAACGGUGGUUAUUUUAAUUUCAGUAGCGCCAACGGGACUGAAAUAUUGAAAACAUUUUUAUUGAAAGAAGACAAACAUUUUGAUUUGAACAGUGAGACAGAAUGGUGCAUCAUUAUCUUCACCUGUCUUUGUUUCCUUCUGUCAUCUUUCGGGUUGGCUCGAAAUAAGUUUGAAGGUGAAGGCAACGUAAAAGAACGGACGAAAAUGUCUAUUGCCUUUAGCUUCCUUGAAAUUAUCUGCAUUAAUCUUCCAUUUCUGGGCAUUCGAGCCUACAUUUGGAAAGAACACAAGUACGAAGCUGCCGUGUUUAUUGCCAAGAAUAUUGUGUCUUUAGUCGUUGGUGCAGUCGAGAUUGGCAUUUUCAUAAAAGUACAACGAGAUAAAUACACCAGACUAGGACAAAUCGAAUCGUAGUUACAGGUAAACUACGUGAAGCGUUCCUCUUUUGAGUUUCUAAAUUGAUUGCAAUUUUCUUCAUUACCUUUGCAAUUUAAAAAACUCCCAUGCAAGUUGCUAAAAGCCAAUUAAAUUUUCCUCAGUUCCUGUUAGAAGUUCUUAACUUCCUGUUAAACUGUGCUGUUACAAGUUCCUAACUUCCUGUUCUGUUCUGCGCGUUGCAAUUGGCUAACAAAAAUAAUCGACCAAUAACAACGCUCAGAACAGAACAGGAAGUUAGGAAAUUAAAACAGGAAGUUAGGAAAAUUUAAAAUGAAGUUUUUUUGCAUUGGAAUAUUGCAACAGCCGAUAGGAACGUUGCAAAUUCCCUCGAAGGAUUUGCAAAGAGUUUUUUAAAUUUGCAAAGCUAAUGAGGAAAAUUCCAAAUGAGUUACGAAGUCAAAAGAGGAACGCUUCACGUAGUUUACCUAUAAAAGUAUAAAGAUAUACUGUGUAACUGUUUCCAUGUAUUUGAACAAUCCAUAUAACGAAACUAUUUAGAAUGGUGCGCACAUUCAUAGCCAAUCAUGAUGUGGCCUGGAAACUCGGCAAACAUCUUUGUUCUAUAUUUCUGUUCAUUGUUUGAGCAAACUUGUGCAUGGUGAAGACAAUAUUAAAUAAACAAAAUUUCAAAAGAUUUAUGGAGGGCAGCAAAAAAUUAGGGAUGCGUGGCACGCUUCAUCUCCCAACCCCUUAAAACCGCCAGCUACGCAUAUUAAUAAAGAUUAAAGUCGGUUUUCAUUUUACAGGGUGUCUAAAAAAAUGGAGACUUUAAAAAUUCACGUUAUUGUUAUAAUUUGAAUGCCGCAUGAGUACUACAGGGUGUCCCAAAAAACCCAAAAUUAUUGAAAUAACGUAUUGUUAGAAUUUGAAUGGCCCUAGCAGUAAUCUGAACGUAAAGGUGCGUAAAAUAUUGAGAGGGUGCAUAAUAAUAUUAUUUAUUAUUCAUUGUACUGUGUUCUCGGUUUUUCAUUGGCUAAAAGCCUACAAAUAAUUUUGGGUAUUUGUAGGUGCCUGCGCUAUUUCCAGCGGAAACAGCAAUGUGCAGAGGUUAUUGGACGGCGCCCGAGAUAUUUCAGCGGUAUUUUAUGUGAAAAUACAAAUUGGCGGGAAAUUUUUAGCUGAAAAGUUAAUCAAUUCAAUGAAUAUUUAUUUGUUUUCAAUUGUUGCUUGUUUUGUUUUCUUUCUGUCACAAAAUUAAUAAUAAAACAAUUAUUGAAUUCGGCUUGCGCAGGAUACCAGAAUUAUUCAGACCUCGGUCAAUGAUAACAUUGACCUCGGUCUAAAUAAUUCUGGAUAUCCUGCUCAGCCUCAUCCAAUAAUUGUUAAAAAUAUUGACAUAUUAGGAAAUAUCUUUGUAAAGCGAACGAUUUUCUGCUCUUGGGAAUUUACUUGAACAGUUUCUUGAUGCACAAAAAAUUACGAAUGUCAAGUUUUUAUUCAAAUUCUAACAAUACAUUAUUUCAAUAGUUUUGGGGUUUUUGCGACACCCUGUAUACUGAACCGAUGCGUAAACACAAUUGAAUCGAAUUUUAUGCAUGUACUUUGAGUAUAAUUUAGCACAACAAAAACUCUUUGCUCUGUAGUCAGUUGAACCCAGCCUAAAUCUAGGCCUUCUAUUUUUAUUAUUUUUUUUUUAAUAUUCCGCGCUUUUUACAUGAAAAGACUGGGACUGGAUGCUUUGGGGGCGGGACGGAGGAUGGACCAACCUCGUACCCAGGGCUUCUGCGCUUAUUGCUCUCAGAAGCCC